AUGAAGUGGCCUAUUUGUGGACCAAAAUUAUCUUUAUGUUGUUCGAUUAUAUCAGUAUGGGAUGAUUUUGAUUUUGAAAAUAAGAAUGCAACUGAUAUCAAAGUAUUUGAAGAAAGUCUUAAAACAGCUUUUCAUCAACGUGCUUUUAAUUGUUGGAUUGCAGCAUUUCUUUAUGUUGGUUUAUUAGUAUUUGCUGGUAUACAAUUUAGAACUAAUUUAAAACUAUCAUCAUCAUCAACAUUAAAUGUUCCACCAUCUAUUACAUCACCAUUUAUCGGUGUUACAACAGAUCCAAUGGAUCGUAAUCAACAAUAUGGAAUACAAUUUAAUAAUGAUCAUAGUGAAACAUAA